AUGAAGGUUAGUAAUUUGCUAAUUGCUGUAGGUGUGUUCGUUUCGGUUACUCCUGUAGCUUCGCUUUCCGUGUUUCAAGAUGUCCUAGGGUUCCCAAAUUUAGACUACACUCAAACCCCAAAGAACAUUAUUCAAUCUAUUGGGAGAAACUACAAAGAGUAUUUGGGCUCUAAUGAUAUUGAAGUUCUUACCUAUGAUAAAAACCCUGCUUAUUCGAUGCGUAUGAGAGAAGUUGAUCCCUCCAAGUUGGGAAUUGAUACUGUUAAACAAUGGUCUGGUUAUUUGGAUUACGAAGAUUCAAAACAUUUCUUUUAUUGGUUUUUUGAAAGUAGAAAUGACCCAAAGAAUGACCCAAUAAUUUUAUGGUUAAAUGGAGGUCCAGGUUGUUCAUCUUUCACUGGUCUUUUAUUUGAAUUGGGACCUUCUUCCAUUGGACCAGAUUUGAAACCUAUCCAUAAUCCAUAUUCCUGGAAUAACAAUGCAUCUGUUAUAUUUCUAGAACAACCUUUGGGAGUCGGUUUUUCAUACGGUGAUGAAAGAGUUACCACUUCAAAAUUGGCUGCUCAGGAUGCGUACGUCUUUCUAGAGUUAUUCUUCAAGAGAUUCCCACAUUUAAGAAACAAUGAUUUCCAUAUUGCCGGUGAAUCUUAUGCCGGUCAUUAUAUUCCCCAGAUUGCUCAUGAGAUAGUGGUUGAAAAUCCACAAAGAUCUUUCAAUUUAACAUCUGUUUUGAUUGGUAACGGUAUCACAGAUUCAUUGGUUCAGUCGGAUUAUUACCAGCCAAUGGCGUGUGGUAACGGUGGUUACAAAGCAGUUCUAUCUAAUGAACAAUGUGAAAAAAUGACUAGGGAUGCUAAAAGAUGUAAAGUAUUAAACAAGGCUUGUUAUUUAAGUCAAAGAAGUAUCCCAUGUUUCCUAGCACUUACUUUCUGUAAUGAAGCUCUUCUAUCACCUUAUGAAACUACUGGUCUUAAUGUCUAUGAUAUUAGGGGUCCUUGCGAAACUCAGGAUGGUUUAUGUUACAAUGGUUUACAAAAUGUUGAAGAAUACAUGAACCAACGUUACGUACAAGAUGCCUUGGGCUCUGAUGUUCAUAACUAUACAGGUUGUAGUAAUGAAGUCUUUGCAGGUUUUAUCUUAACCGGUGAUGAAGCUAAACCAUUCCAACAAUUUAUUGCCGAACUUCUAGAUAGAGACAUUCCUGUUUUAAUUUAUGCUGGUGAUAAGGAUUAUAUAUGUAAUUGGUUAGGUAACCAUGCUUGGACUGAUAGCCUUGAAUGGAAAGACCAUGAUGAAUAUCAAGUUGCACCUAUGAAUGACUGGAUCCUUCCUGAUACUUUAGAAGCUGCUGGUCAAAUAAAGAAUUUUGGAGCAUUGACAUUUGCCAGAAUUUACGAUGCAGGUCAUAUGGUUCCUUAUGAUCAACCUGGAGCAAGUUUGGAAAUGGUAAACCAAUGGAUUUCAAAUCUCCAACUUCGUUCCUAA